CCUGAAAUCCAAUUUCUGGUUCGAUGUUGGGGUAGGAAGUGAAUACACAGCCUCACAUUUGCUGAAACCACAUGUUCUUUCAAGGAGCUCCUGGCCGUCAGAGGUUGAACAUGGUUUCUAUAGAAAACUAUUAUAAGCCAUUGCAGGACAGCGAGUGUACUGGGAGUCACUAGAUUGUAUGUGCACAGGGUUCAAACAUAACUCUAAUCACAAAUCAUCCAUUUUUGGUUUGCCAAAAGUGGCAAACCAAAAAAACUGGCACAAGCCAUGCCAGUUUUACUUGCUAGUUUAUUACAAGGAUAAGUAAAUGAUGAGUGUUGGCAAAAUUUGGAAGAAAUAAGAAGCAUCAGAUAUACUCAACGUACAGUGCACUGGCCUCCAGACAGCUUCUGACCUGGGGCCUGCUGGGUAAGAGGCCUGAACUCUGCACAUUCUCAGAUCCCUUCCAGAGCCUGGGACUCCAUGACUGGUAUUUGGAGUGAUAGCAUCCCUAACUCAAAUUCUCUCUCAUUUGCUGCUGUAGCUUUUAGGCUCACAGAAGCCGCUGUCUUCCCAACGGGUAUCAGGUGCAGUGUACGCUGCAGACACCUGCUCAGCUGCAUGCCCCCUUAAUCAUGGAAAGAAAGCUCCUAAAGAAGGAAAUGAAAAAGCUCUUGGGAGAUUAUAUUGGCAUCAGACUUCGGGAAAAUGAAUUUGACCCCAAAGGAAGAAGGCAACUCACCUUUCUAGAUGAUAUGGCCCACUAUGACUUAGCCAUCAGUGUUGCUUUGCAAUGGCUGGAUCAUUCGGAAGACUUAACUUGGCUGGAGUGGGAGAAAGGGAAAAGACCAUUUCGUGGCAGACCCAUAUAUCCAAACCAUAGAGAAAGAGAAGCAAUGAUUUUAUCAUCUUAUGCUGGAAUCCUAAUGAACAGCAUCCCAGUUGAGGAAGUCUUCAAAAUUUAUGGGGCGGAUUCUUCUGCCAGUUCUGCUGCUAUCAAGGUUCCCCGAGCUCCACCUUUCCGCCUCUCUUUGCACCCUUUUGCCAUGUUAACAGCGCCCCAAGCAGCAGAAUAUGCCCGCAAACAGAGUUUCAAGUUAAGAAGGGGAGCCAUGAAUAAAAAUGCCGCCAGCAGCUCUGCAAGGGAAGCAAAUGCCACGGAGCAGAAAUGAUCAAUACAUUUAUCUUUGGACACACAGCCAAAGAAUGAAGUCAGUUAAGAGCUCAACAUGGUACUUCAUAAUAAAGUCUCUGGGAGAGGAAAAGAAACAUCGUCUUAAAACUGCAACACUUGCCAGCAUAUUUUUCUUCCCAGUUAGCUGGGACACAAACUGCACUGAAGCAUUAUUUUUGGACGUUGAGUUUUCUUCUCUUAGCAUCAUAUUUCAGGGCUACAUCUGGGCUGUAAAAAUGUGCAUAUCUUAUGCUACUCCAUUGUGAGUGGAAGACUGUUGGUUGGAGAAUUCUAAGAACAUACAGUAUUUCUAUGUCGGAGCAGGCUGGCUUUGAAGCAUAUUUUACAAAUGCGUAGCACUGAAUACUGCAGAGUGGUGGAGCAGGAGGCAGUUUCCUAAAGUUUCAACCCAAAAUAAAAUCAAUCUAUCACUGAUUGCCUUCACAAUGUUGCCAUAUGGAAACAUUUAAAAUCAUUUCAAUAGAGCAUUAUAAGAAAAAUGGGCGUAGAUUUUCUCUUAAUAGGAUAUUGUGACUAGGAGGAAAAUAUUCUAAUCUUUCAGUACCUUUCGCCAGUGCUGAUUAGGCAGAUGGCUUAGCUUGUACAUAUGUGCAGUAACAAUUUAUGAAUGUGAACACAGACUACACUUUUCUUAAGGAUUUGAUAUGCUAUCUUUGCAGAAUAGUUUUGGCCUUUUUUUUUU